CGGAGGUCGACGUCCGAAAGAGCAUGCUUGGAGUGUCAGAAGAGGAAGACCAAGUGUGUCGCGGCACCAGAAAGUGAAUUCUGCGCGUAUUGCCAGAAGGCUGGAAAGCCAUGCAUCUUUGAGGGGCCACAUGAACGAACCUCGCUGACUAGGCGGAACCUCGAUGCGGCCGAAGCGCGAUGCAGAGAACUUGAGACUCUGUUGGAAGAAGCCCGAAUCAAUGCCGGCAGUAUCAAUGGGCAAAAAGAAGCAAGCCAAAAUCCAGAGCAUCGUUUUGUACCACAUCGCCAGCAGAAUCCCGAAGACCCUCCAUCAGGUCCCUAUGAGUGGAACGAGGGCCUUGAUGCCGGCGCGAACGAUCCUUCGCCCAGUGGCGAAUAUACCCGCGAUGGUAUGGCAUCUCUGACACGACAUGGCAAUGGUUCGGGAAAGAGUUCUGGUUUCGAGAUAUUGCAGUCUGUUUCAUCGUUGUUGCCCUCGCAAGUCAACUUGGACGCAGACGGCGCCGCGGUCGAAGCUGAAGCAUCCUCAACAUUGCCUACACGCCAACUCUUUGCCAACAUACCGGGACAAUCGAUGGCUACGGCCUGUAUACACGAACAGCUCAUUACGGCUUUCUUCGUGGGAUACAAUGCGUAUUACCCCAUCCUCCAUGAAGGAACAUUUCGUAAGCAGUACGCUGCGAGAAAGCAAAUGUCAACAAGGUCAACCUGGCAUAUUACGUACUAUAUGGUCCUUGCCAUUGGCGAAUGGGUGUCGGGAUAUAGCAGCGAGGAGAGUUCGAUAUACUACGAAGCUGCUCGCUCACGCAUCAGACCCGAAGUCCUGGAAUCUGGUUCCUUGAACAACGUCCAAGCAUUUCUGCUCCUCGGAAAUUACCUUCAAAAGAGAGAUCGGCCGAACACAGGGUACAGCUACAUAGGAAUAGCCCUGAGAAUGGCUCUCGGGCUUGCACUCCAUCUUGAGCUGCCUCCGAGCGCAGGUGUCAAGCCAUUCGAUUCACACAGAAGACGCGUGCUAUUUUGGAUACUCUGCUGUUUCGAUUGCUGGUUCAACAUCACGACAGGCAGACCCACGCUCAUCCCGGACACUUUUGUUGAUGUCCGAGUUCCAUCUAAUAUUGAUGAGUCCGCGUAUGAUUCCUACUCCGGCAGUGUCACGGAAGUUUCUUAUCCCACCACUUCCUCGACUGUCAUUGCAUUGGCGAGGCUUACCAAGAUCGCAAACCGGGUCUUCACACAAUUCAUGUGCGUGACUCCUUGUGCUGAUUUGGAUCACCAAACCAGCGUCAUGGAGCAUAUGAUCCAAAACUGGCAUACGUCUUUGCCUUCAUACUUCUUUUCUGCUGAUGUGCCGUCCUGGUUCGUCGGACCAAGACAGAUCGUACUAUGGAAAGAAUCGAACCUACUCAUUUUGCUGCUUCUCUCAAGUCAACGACAUCAUAAAGAUGAGCAUGAGAAACUUUCACUAGGAACGCGGUGUCAGUCCACGUCAGCCAGUGUGAUUUCUGGUAUAGCGACAUUCUGCCAGACCAAUUCACAAGUGUUCCAUUGUGGGUUGAGUUGGUACGCUGUCUACUUCACUCUCCAAGCCACUCUGUCUUACAGUGCACAAUAUAUCUUAAGAUGUCGCCUGUCUGUGCAAAGUCAUGACGAUUCAUUGCAAGACUUUGAAACUAUCGUUGGUCAGGCAUGUCAGUGUCUCCAGAACUUGAUCAGCACGAGCAGUGCAGCCGCAAGAUCUUUCCAAAUCGCGCUUCGUCUACGGCAGAUGCUGAGACAGGCUUCAGGACUGCACACUUCUAGUGAGGGACCAGAUCAUCUCACAACGGACAAUGAGCUUGUACCUAACCACGCCGGAGAAGCGGAUUAUCGUCACGAGCUCUCAAUACAACUAGCUCAAGGUUUUCAGGGUGGAGUCUUCCAAACGAGUCCUAGCAAUGCAGGAUCUUACCAUCAAUCAUUUGAUAACCACGGUAUAGCCGAACUUGUGCUUAAUGAAUGGAGCCUUGCUGCAGACCCAACACUACAGGCGCUCUUCGAAGGUAUGAACGACUUUGGCCACCCUUUCCAGAUUCCGGAU